CAGAGACAGACACUGGGGAGCGGUUAUGGAUUGCAUUGGCUGGUGUGUGUGAGGAUAUCAUAUGUGGUUUGCAAAUGACAUUCACCACCAUCUGCAGAGCCUGGCUCCUGUGAGCAGCGGUGGACAAAUGCCCCCUGGGGCAGAUGGGGGCUGUGAGGAGGGUGGGCUGCUCCUUUCAUUGUUCCAGGGGAAUCUAAAAUCAGACUAAUGCUGCGUUCCUUAUUCUGGUAACUUCUUGCUGACCGGUGGAAGAAAACGAGUGUCUACACUGCACAGUAAACCCAGUUCUGACCCAGGUUUGAGCCCAAACCCCUUUUUGUCCACACACAGAUCAAUCUGACUCAGGUCCGUGAGCACUCAGGACCCGGGUCCUAGGACCCUGCUGGGAUGUGGGUCUGAGUCUGUGUCCUGUUGUGGGGAGAGGGGCGGGGCAGGGCAGGCUGGCUCAAUUCUGUCUUGGUCACAACAGAACACAGUGUGGACACAGACCAAGCUGCAGACCAGUCAGAAGGUUGGUGUGGUGUGGACCAUUAGCACGGCUGGGAGACCCAAGGACAGCAGUUGUAAGCCCUGGUUUGCAGUGCAGUGUGGAUGCUCACACAUGGGCUUGGACACAGUCCCCGAGCCUGGGUCCCACAGAACUGGGUUUACAAUGCAGUGUAGACAGACCUCUAGUGAUUCAUUGGCGUCAGCCCAGGCCAGGUGGGUCGGUGGUGAUGCAAGUGGAUACCAGUGAGAGGAGAAUUCUAAUCCUGUGGCAUUUUAUACCCCACUGGGCAGGUGGCAGCGAUGGUCCAAGGUGCCGGGCAGGGGAGAAAUGGGCUCCCUGUAUGAGCACAGGAGACUCUUACCGGGGAAACGGCUGCAUUUUCUGUCUCCUGGAUCCCUGCCCUUGUAGCAUUUUAUGACACACAAUGGGACUAUGGGGCAAUUCCCAGCUGGCUGAGGUAGCCGUUACCUCCCUCCCCCAUUACCCCACGGCUCUGCUAAUACCCGAGAGGAGCUGUGAGAGGAGGGGGCUGUUUGUUUAGCUGCCUUUUAUUGAUUCACUGAUGGAGCUGUUUAUUGUCUGAGUGAAAUGACAUUUCAUUUCCACUAGGGGGCGGUGUCAUUUUGCAGCAGCUCUCCCAGAAGCCCUAUCAGAGCCACUCCCCUGACCACGCCCCUGACUUGAAAAGGUGGCAAAUUCAAAUCUUAGGAAAUACGUUUUCACACAAGGCACAGCUAACCUGUGGAACUCACUGCCACAAGAUCUCCUUGGACAAUCUUCCUUUCUGACUCCUGAUAAGUUCUUGGCGUUUAUAGUGAUAAUGGGACCAACCGUCAAUAUUACACAAUAACCUGGAGUGGGAAGGGCUCUAAGUGACAAGGCAAACCUCGAACCCAGACCCCACGGGACGGGACGCCAGUGAAAAGAAACAGAAGAAGGACGAUUCAGUGACCUGGAGUUGAUUUGGGCAGCGCCUGCUAAGGCCUGGUUGACCCUGGGGAUAAAAGCCGUGUCAAGGGAGCUUUGAAACAGUUCAUUGGAACACAGCCCAGACCCAGCCUGGCUGGUCGGGGUAUUCGGGCAAAACACACCAUCCAAUUAUAUUGGAAAGGGGUUUUCACUGCUCAUCCCACGUAGCCAAACCGCACCUGAGCUGUAAUCGAGUGAGCUGCUUUGAAACUGUCCUUACGAAGGGCUCUGCCGGCACCGCCAGACCCACUGCGAACAGGCCUCAGUUACCGCUGGCUGCAGAAAGAUGGUUCGGAUGAACAAGUCGCCCGUUUUGGACUCCAUGAGUCUUUCAGAGAGAGAGAAGAUGUUGAACGGGUUGUAUCCUGCUGAGGAGAUGAAGCCAGAUCCAGACUUGGGUUCCCAGGAAACCCCAUUGAAACACAACAGAACAACUCAUGUGUCCAUCCCCCCACAGGGUGGAGAGAGCUGCACAAUCUGCCCUACAGGUUUGCUGUCUAAAUUUAAACCAUGGGUGGCAUGUAGCUGGACAGUUCUGAGUGCGGUUCUCAAUCUCAUACUGAUCCUCGUCAUCGCCCUGCCAGCAAAGAAACCGGAGCCGUGUCCAGCUGGUGCUGCCUGCCCAGACAGUUGGAUCAAUUACCUGGGGAAGUGUUACUAUUUCUCACAGGCCGAAGGGAACUGGACCAACAGCCAGGACAACUGCUCUGCCCUCGGUGCCUCCCUGGCUGUGAUUGGCACCCAGCAGGAAAUGGAUUUCCUGAUGCGCCAUAAAGGACCCUCUGACCAUUGGAUCGGCCUCCAGAAGGAACAGGACCAACCCUGGAUGUGGACCAAUGGCACUGAAUUCAACAACUGGUUUCCAAUAGCGGGAGGAGGACCAUGUGCUUUUCUGAACAGAGGCGAUGUUUCCAGUUCAGGCUGCUCCAGGGAUGCACACUGGAUCUGCAGCAAACCAGUGGAGAAACCAGAAGGCCGAGCAAAGCGACUGUAACCUGGAUGAGUCGGGCCUUGUCCUUUCCAUGGGGCUGUCGCAAGCUGCCUCAGCGAGUGGGGAACUGGAUGGGGCUG